AUGAAAGAAUCGGAUAAGCCUACCAUAAAUGAGACUAGCAUUGAAUCUGUUGAACAUCUAGAUUACAUAACAGAGCCAAAUCCUCCCAUUGUGAUUAAAAGUAGUGUUGAAUCUAUAGGUUACACACCAAAAUUGGAUAAACCUAUCGUAAGUAAGAGCAGUAUUGAAUCCAUAGGUAAUGUACCAGAAUCGAAUGAGCCUACCAUUUCAAAUAAGAUCAUUUCCAAUACUAUAGGGUCAGAAGCUAGAAAAGCUAAGACUCAAGUUAAUCGAAAACGAAGACUAGAACGUCAUGAACUGGGGAGGAUGGAUCAGGUAUGCACCCAUUGUAACACCAAAUUUUGGAUAAGCGAAAAGGAUCACAAUAGCAAUCGUGGAUCUCCAAUAUUUGUAAUUUGCUGUGCCCACGGUAAAGUUUAUUUACAACCUUUAUCUAAACCACCAUCAUAUUUGCUGGAUCUGUAUACAUUAACUGGACCUGAUGCUGAUUCAUUUCGCAAAAACAUUAGGGGCUAUAAUAACAUCUUAGCGUACAUGUCAUUUGAAGCUAAUAUAAAUGAAUUUCAAGGACGAGAAGUGUCUAAUUUCCAGAUUCAUGGCCAAGUCUAUCACUGCAUCGGAUCAUUACUGCCAGCAGAUCACACGCCUGUAUUUGCUCAACUAUAUGUCUACGAUAUUGCGCAUGAAGGUGAAAAUUGGCGUAAUAUUAUGCGGGAAUUGAAUGAAGAUAUUAUAAAGAAUCUGCAGGAUAUGUUAGAUGAAUGCAAUCCAUAUAUCCAAAAUUUUCGUCAAAUAAGGGACCUUAUUCAGGAAAACGUGACCACCGAAAUUUCAAUGUUAAUUUAUAGUGAUCGAACACAAGAUCCUGAUCGGUAUGGUCCUCCCACAGCCUCUGAAGUAGCUAUAAUUAUGGUUGAUAAUGAUCAUGAGAUGGAACCAUCCAGUCAAGAUAUUCUUCUUAGGUUGCGCAUUGGAGGUCUACAAAGAAUAUCAGAAUUUUAUUCAUCAUAUGAUCCACUUCAUUAUAUAUUACUAUUUCCAAGAGGUAACGAUGGUUGGUAUUUUGACAUACCUCUCAUAGGUGCUAAGAAAAGAAAUAAAGUAACAGCAAUGCAAUAUUACUUUUACAG